AGAGAAAAUCACGCCCUAAAAAAUGUCAAACGUCCAACAAGACCUUUGACCCUCUUAUUCGGUCAUCUUGAUAAACUGAUUCCACUUUUUGUUUAAAACAGCGAAAACAAAAUUGAAGUGUUUUUAUGCGAUAAAUAAAUAAUAAACUCAUUUGCGUCAGGUCAAGCUACCAAAAAUCAAUUGCUGAGAGUGUUCGCAAGAGAAGACGUCAAAAUGAAGUUUUUUCUCAUAUUAAUCGCGGUUUUUAUGCCAUCGUUUUCGAACCCUAUGAAAGAGGAAGUGCAGAGACGCUGGAACGACUACAAGACACUCUACCAAAAAUCAUACGACGAUUCAGAAGAACAAAAGCGUUUUGACAUUUUCGAAACCAACUUACGCACAAUUGAAGACCACAACAAACAGUAUGGCGACAAAAAGGUGUCUUAUAAGAUGGCUGUGAAUCAAUUUGCCGAUCUAACCUGCGACGAGUUCGCCCAGUAUUACGCACGUGGGUACAAACCGAGAAACACAGAAAGUAAAGUAAUUCCGAAAACUAAAUCUAUAUAUGAUGAGGUCCCUGAAGAGAUAGACUGGAGGGAAAAGGGCGCAGUCACGCAAGUAAAAAAUCAAGGAGUUUGUGGCGCUUGUUGGGCUUUCAGUACGACUGGCAGCUUGGAAGGUCAAAAUUUUCUCAAAAAUGGUGUUCUAGUGUCUUUAAGCGAGCAAGAACUGGUUGAUUGUAUUAUAGCCAGAUCGUUGCGAGGUUGCAAUGGAGGUUUUCUAGAUGUAGCUUUCCAAUACGUCAUAGACCAUGGACUUUCCACAGAAGAUGAUUAUCCGUACGAAGAGGCUGAUGGUAUUUGUCACAGGGGCGAUCUUCCAUCUGCUGUUACAGAAAUUGCGUAUCUUGCGAUUUUUGGUACUAGUGAGGAAGCUCUUAAGGAUGCUGUUGGUACGGUUGGACCCAUUUCGGUGGGUGUGGAUGCCACCAAGUGGCAGUUUUAUAGUGAAGGGGUUUUUUAUGACGCGACUUGUAAAACUGAGGCUAAUAGUUUGAACCAUGCAGUUCUAGCCGUGGGUUAUGGUACCGAAGACGAUGGAGAGUACUGGUUGGUGAAGAAUUCAUACGGGCCGGAAUGGGGGAUGGACGGGUACAUUAAAUUGGCGAGGAAUCGCAACAACACGUGUGGAAUUGCCACGGAACCUUGGUACCCCGUUCUUUAAAUGUAUCAAUUUUUUGUAAGAAUUGUAAAUAAAUAGAUAAAUGCUUGAAUGAAAA